CAACGGGACGGCUCAAUGUCGAGGGGUUACGUGGGGGGGGGAUAAAAAAACAAAAAAAAAACAAACAAAAACAAAACGCACCGCACGCGCACGUGCGUAAAAGCUCUCGAGCUCCUCUAAUCUCCGCUGCGUACCAUUCCAAAUCUCGCGACACAGAUGGGAAGACCUGACCGACGGAGGAGCUGAAAUUAAUUCAUGAAAUAUAUAAAUAAAUAAAACAAGGAAGCAAAUAAAUAAAUAAAUAAAUAAAUAAAUAAACGCUUGUCUGCUGCGCGAGAUGCUGCUGCGCUGAGCUUUAGGAGGCUUCGGGAUUCCGCACGCGACCGGAAACCGUGGAAGAGGAGAGGAGAGGAGAGAAGAGAAGAGAAACCACUUUGAUUUGUCAUGUUGCGUUUGGAGCGCGGAGUAUGUUCACCAAAGCCUUGCUGAAUAGAUGCUGUGAUUGGAGAGGAACUUUCAUGCCUAGCUCGUGAACCGGGGAUCAUGUGGACGCCGACGGAGGACGAAAAGCUCGGAGUGGUGAUCUGCAGCUUCCGUGGCUCUCUGCCUCAUGGCCUGAGUCUAGAGAUUGGAGAAACUGUUCAAAUCCUGGAGAAGUUUGAAGGAUGGUUUCGAGGAUUCUCCACCAGGAAACCUAAUGUCCAGGGCAUCUUCCCAGCAAGCUAUGUGUAUCUACGGAAGGCUGUUGUUACCAACCGAGGGCAGUAUGAGACAGUGGUGCCUCUCGAAGAUCCCAUCGUGACCGAAGUCACCUCUACUCUACAGGAAUGGGCUGUACUCUGGAAGCAGCUCUAUGUGAGGCAUAAAGUGGACCUCUUCUAUAAGCUGCGUCACGUGAUGAACGAGCUGAUCGAUCUCCGCCGGCAGAUUCUCUCUGGUCACCUGACCCAGGAUCAGGUUCGCGAGGUCAAGCGCCACGUCACCAUACGCCUCGACUGGGGCAAUGAACACUUAGGUCUGGAUCUCGUACCGAGGAAGGACUUUGAAAUGGUGGAUGCAGACAAGAUUAGUGUCUCUGACCUCUACAAAAUGCAUCUGUCCAGCAGACACAGUGUCCAGCAAAGCACAUCACAGGGGGACAGCAUGCGGCAGCGUCAUGGUGAUCCGUGUCGGGUUCCCGUCCCUCACCACUUGUUUGUCAAUCUCAAGAGCUUUACCUACAACACCAUAGGAGAAGACACGGACAUUUUCUUUUCCCUCUAUGACCUGCGAGAAGGCAAACACAUAAGUGAGAAGUUCAUGGUGAGGCUCAACAAAAACGGAGGCCCAAAGAACCCGGAAAAAAUCGACCGGCUCUGUGCACUGUUUACGGACCUGAGCAAUAAGGAUAUGAAACGAGACCUAUACAUUGUUGCUCAGGUGAUCAGGACUGGUCGAAUGCUGCUGAACGACUCGAAGAAGGGCCCUCCACACGUGCACUACCGACGCCCGUACGGAUGCGCCGUGCUCGCUAUGAGCGAUGUGCUCCACACCAUCUUAGAGCUGAAGGAGGAGAAAGACUUCGUGCUCAAAGUUUACACAUGUAACAAUGAGAACGAGUGGUACCAGAUUCAUGAGAACAUCAUCCGCAAGUCCAGCACCAAAUACACGGCACCCAGCACCAACUAUGGCCUGAUCAUCUCCCUGCAGCUACUCAGGGGAGAGACAGAAAAGAUCCGCAGGGAGAAUCCUAUGAUCUUUAACCGCGGAGUUGCCAUCACACGCAAACUCGGCUUCCCUGAUGUCAUCAUGCCAGGUGACAUCCGUAAUGAUUUGUACCUCACCUUGGAAAGAGGUGACUUUGAGAGAGGAGGGAAGAGCGUACAGAAGAACAUCGAGGUCACAGUGUAUGUGCUGUAUGCAGACGGAGAGAUUCUUAAGGACUGCAUUAGCCUGGGCUCAGGAGAGCCGAGUAUCAGCGAACACCGUUCGCUCGUCCUCUACCACAACAACAGCCCUCGCUGGAGUGAAGUGAUCAAGCUUCCCAUCCCCAUCGACCGCUUCAGAGGCUCCCAUCUGCGCUUCGAAUUCAGACACUGCUCGACAAAAGACAAAGGCGAGAAGAAGCUCUUUGGUUUUGCUUUCACACCUUUAAUGAGAGAAGAUGGCACGACGCUAUCCGACGAGUGUCACGAACUCUACGUCUACAAGUGUGAUGAGAAUACAACCUUCAGCAACCAUGCUCUGUAUCUGGGUCUACCCUGCUGUAAGGACGACUUUAAUGGCUGCCCCAACAUUCCUUCCAGCCUCAUCUUCCAGCGUAGCACCAAGGAAACCCUGUGGAUCUCCACUCAGCUCUCCUCCACCAAGCUCACACAGAACGUGGACUUGCUGGCUCUGCUGAAGUGGAAAGCUCAACCUGAUCGUGUGAUGGACAUUCUGGGUCGAUUGAAGCAUGUUAGCGGAGAGGAAAUAGUCAAAUUUCUUCAGGACAUCCUGGACACAUUGUUCUCCAUUUUAGAUGACAACACAGACAAAUAUGGUCCUCUGGUGUUUCAGUCGCUGGUAUUCAUCAUCAAUCUGCUCCGGGACAGCAAAUACUACCACUUCCGCCCAGUGAUGGACACUUACAUCCAGAAACACUUUGCUGGAGCCCUAGCCUAUAAAGAGCUUAUACGCUGCCUGAAGUGGUAUAUGGACCGCUCAGCAGAGGUUGUCCGUCAGGACCACAUUCAAGAAGCAAUGAGGGCACUGGAGUAUUUGUUCAAGUUCAUAGUCCAGUCACGGAUCCUGUACUCUCGGGCCACCUGUGGCAUGGAGGAGGAACAGUUUCGCACCAGCAUCCAGGAGCUCUUCCAGUCCAUCCGCUUCGUGCUGAGCUUGGACAGCCGCAGCUCGGAGACUCUAAUUUUCACCCAGGCAGCCCUGCUUAAUUCCUUCCCAGCCAUCUUCGAUGAGUUGCUGCAGAUGUUCACAGUGCAGGAAGUGGCUGAGUUUGUGAGGGGAACCUUGGGGAGCAUGCCCAGUACCGUGCACAUAGGCCAGUCGAUGGAUGUGGUAAAGCUGCAGUCCAUUGCUCGGACAGUGGAUAGCAGGUUGUUCUCAUUUCCAGAGUCCAGGAGAAUUCUCCUACCUGUGGUCUUGCACCACAUCCAUCUUCAUCUGAGGCAGCAAAAAGAACUGCUUAUCUGUUCAGGGAUCUUGAGCAGCAUCUUCUCCAUCAUCAAGGCCAGUUCUCUGGAGACAUCAGUGCAGGAGGAGGUGGAAAUGGUGGUGGAGAGCUUGCUGGAUGUUCUGUUACAGACGCUGCUCGCCAUCAUGAGCAAGUCGCAAGCUCAGGAGGCGGUAAGAGGCCAGCGCUGCCCACAGUGCACGGCCGAGAUCACUGGUGAAUACGUGUCCUGCCUGCUGUCCCUCCUGCGCCAAAUGACAGACAUCCACUUUCAGCACCUUCUGGACAACUUCCAAAGCAAAGAGGAAUUAAAGGAGUUCUUACUGAAGAUUUUCUGCGUUUUCCGCAACUUGAUGAAGCUCAGCAUUUUCCCCAGAGACUGGAACGUGAUGCGGCUCCUGACCAGCAACAUCAUUGUAACCACCGUGCAGUAUCUCUCUCCUGCUCUACACAAGAACUUCACGGAUGCAGACUUUGACUUUAAGGUUUGGAACUCAUACUUCAGUCUGGUGGUGCUGUACAUCAACCAGCCCAGUCUGCAGCUGGAGACCUUAACCCCAUCCAAGAGGAAGAAGAUUCUAGACAAGUAUGGUGAUAUGAGAGUCAUGAUGGCCUAUGAGUUGUUCAGCAUGUGGCAAAACCUUGGUGAAAAUAAGAUCCACUUCAUCCCAGGAAUGAUCGGACCCUUCCUGGGCGUAACCCUGGUGCCUCAAAGUGAGGUCAGGAACAUCAUGAUCCCCAUCUUCCACGACAUGAUGGACUGGGAACAACGUAAGAACGGCAACUUCAAACAGGUGGAAGCAGAGCUCAUAGACAAGCUGGACAGUCUAGUGUCUGAGGGUAAAGGAGACGAGAACUACAGGGAACUUUUUGGGCUGCUUACUCAGCUUUUCGGGCCCUAUCCCAGUCUGUUGGAAAAGAUCGAGCAGGAGACGUGGCGUGAGACAGGCAUCUCUUUCGUCACAUCUGUCACUCGCCUUAUGGAGAGGCUGCUGGAUUACAGGGAUUGCAUGAAGGGAGACGAGACAGAGAACAAGAAGAUCGGCUGCACCGUCAACUUGCUGAACUUCUAUAAGUCUGAAAUCAAUAAGGAGGAGAUGUAUAUCCGUUACAUUCACAAGCUGUGUGACAUGCACCUGCAGGCUGAGAACUACACCGAGGCGGCGUUCACUCUGCUCCUCUACUGGGAGCUGCUGCAGUGGGAGGAUCGACCCCUGAGGGAGUUUCUGCACUACCCGGCUCAGAGCGAGUGGCAUCGCAAAGAGGAUCUCUGCCGCAAGGUCAUCCACUACUUCAACAAGGGCAAGUGCUGGGAGUACGGGAUUCCUUUCUGCCGAGAGCUAGCCUUACAAUAUGAAUCCUUAUACGACUACCAAAGCCUCAGCUGGAUCCGGAAAAUGGAAGCAGCUUACUAUGACAACAUUAUGGAGCAGCAGAGACUGGAGCCCGAGUUCUUCAGGGUGGGCUUUUACGGUCGGAAAUUUCCUUUCUUUCUCAGGAAUAAGGAGUUUGUUUGCCGUGGACACGACUACGAGAGGCUUGAAGCCUUCCAGCAGAGGAUGCUAGGAGAAUUCCCGCAAGCAAUUGCCAUGCAACAUCCCAACCAACCAGAUGAGGCCAUUUUGCAGUGCGAUUCCCAGUACUUGCAGAUCUAUGCCGUAUCUCCAGUUCCAGAAAACGUUGAAGUGCUUCACAUGGAUCGCGUGCCUGACCGAAUUAAAAGCUUCUACCGAGUGAACAACGUACGGCGCUUUCGCUAUGAUCGGCCCUUCCACAAAGGCCCCAAAGACAAGGACAAUGAAUUCAAGAGUCUGUGGAUCGAAAGGACCACACUCAUCCUCACACAUCCCCUGCCCGGCAUUUCUCGCUGGUUUGAGGUGGAGAAGAGAGAGCUGGUUGAAGUGAGUCCGCUGGAGAACGCCAUCUCCGUGGUGGAAAAUAAAAACCAGGAGCUGCGCACUUUAAUCAGCCAGUACCAGCACAAGCAGCUGCACGGCAACAUUAACCUGCUUAGCAUGUGUCUGAACGGCGUGAUUGAUGCAGCUGUCAACGGAGGCAUUGCUCGCUACCAGGAGGCAUUCUUUGAUAAAGAAUACAUCUCCACUCACCCAGAGGACACAGAAAAAAUCACGCAGCUCAAGGACCUCAUGCAAGAACAGGUGCACAUCCUUGGUGUAGGGCUGGCGGUCCAUGAGAAGCUGGUGCACCCGGAAAUGCGUCCCCUGCACAAGAAGCUGAUCGAUCAGUUCCAGAUGAUGAGGAGCAGUCUGUGCCAUGGUCUGCCCGGUCUGGAUAGACUGAGUGCUGCCUGCUCUGGACCCAGCAACCCACGAGCCAUCCUCCCAUCCCAUAAUCCUAUGAGCCCAGAUAGCAUCAAACUCAUGCACAGACACAGCCCGUCUCUGUCACGUACCGUGCGUCACUCCUCGUCUUCCCUCUCCACCAGUGAGACUGGCAACCUCCUCAUCCUCACUGAUGGAGUGCUGAUGGAGCAUCCUGAAGAGCUUUACCGCAUGCAGCCCAGUCCCUCGACGUCCAGCCUGAGCUCUACUCACUCUGCUCCUCCUCAGAUGAUUAACUCAGGCCCUGGCAGCAUCCGAGUCGGUUCUCCAUCAUUGCCUGAUCGAUACAGGCACAACCGCGAGAUGCUGAUGCUACUGCCAGCGCACCGAGAUCGGCCCAGCAGCGCCAUGUACACCAACCUCAGCGAGAACGGACAGCCUGCAAACCUACAGAGGGCCUUGUUUCAUCAGGUGAUCGGUCCAUGCAAGCCAUGCAGCGACCCCAAUCUGUCUGUGGCUGAAAAAGUGCUGACCGCUCCAAGCAGCUGGAGCCUGGACAGUGGAACAAGAGAGGCAUUGCCUUUCCUCUCUGCCCAUGUGGGGAGUGUGAUGGCUCCUCCGGUGCCCCCUCGCAACUUUCCUCCUGGGCACUUCUCGAUGCACUUUGAUGCUUUCCAGCAGCAGAUUGGUGAACUCCCCCCAGCUCUCCCUGCACGUUCCUUAAGAAAGUCACCUCUUCACCCCAUACCCGCCUCACCCACAAGUCCUCAGUCGGCUCUUGACGGCAGUAACUCCACGCUCUCGGGCAGUGCCAGCAGUGGUGUCUCAUCCUUAAGUGAGAGCAACUUCUGCCCUUCCUCAUCAGAUGCUCCGGCGCUUGACUCCACGCCCAGCUGCCAAACGUGGAACACAGACACAGACGAAGCAGAGACACCCAGCACCGUCCGUUACAGCGUCUCCGAGCCUGACGUCCUGGACAGCCUAAAGCCAGCCCCCUGCCGUAGCCACUCAGCCCCUGUGGGCGUCAUGCCGGUUCUGCCUCCGGAUGGACACCACCAUAUCCACGCUGGGCACGUUGGCCAUUACCACCUCCAUCAGCACGAGCCACCUCCAGCACUUCCCCCAAAACCAUACCUGAGAGAAGGCUGCAUCCCCGAGGAGGACUCGAGACCUGUGCCGAGACCAAUGCCACGCAAAAUCUCCCAACCACUGCUCACCAACAAGGAAGAGCAAGCCAAAGUGGCAUGGGAGCAUGGAAUCAGUGAGGAGUAGACACGUGGCUUGGAGUAGUGCGGCAGGCCAGUUGCAUGUCGAGCGGUUGAAGCUGGGUUUUGCAGAAUAGUCGAAUGAGAGAAUUUGAUGUUACCUGGUUCAAGUUACCUCCAACAAGACUUUGUACCAAUCAUCAUAUGAGCCUCAUUGGUCUUGAUGCAAGAACUGAGUACAUCUCUUAGAAGAACUUUCGAGGUUACAGUGAUUAUAGCAGUCUGGUUUAUGCUUCAUCAGAAGUGCUUCUGGGGAUGACCUCAAAAGGAUCUCCUUUAAGCCUGUAAUGUUCUUGGUUUGCAAAGCAAUAGGAGAUGCUUAAUUAUUUUCAGGCUGUCCAUCAAAUAAUGGGGGUGGGGAAGAAAGCAGGAAUAGGUAUUAACCGAAUGAUAUUUUGUUGUCAAUUCAACAUGUAUAACCUCAUUUGAGAAAUAGACAAUCUCAUAUAGAAUCACAGUGAAUCAGCAGGUCAGGGCUGCAAGCUACUUUAAAACCGUAGUUAGAUAAUCGACAGUUACUCUUGAACACUGCAUAAGUGCCUCCAACUAACUGACAGGAAAUAUAACAUGCACUGAGUACAUCAUAUCAAGAAUACAAUGUUAGAUUAUACGCAUAUGAAGUAAAACAGUUUAUUGGAGAAAUCGUUAGGCCAGGAAUAACACACUAUGGGUUGUGCUGUUAUAGGAAAAGAAUCCGCGUUGAAGCGGAAUUAUUUUCUUAUAACUGCACGAAUCAUUUUCUUUGAAACCUAUUAAUUAAUCUCACAUCAGGCUUUUUAACCGUUUGUAGUCGUCCACUCUCGAAAUAAAAUAAUUGACUCGUGACAGUGAAACCGCAAACUCCACUACCUUAAAGACUUCCCCAUGGUAGUUACUAGUAGUACUACUAUUACACAGUGAAGACUAUAAUGUUCUAUAAUGUUAUAUACAUUUCUCCUUACAGAAAGCUUCACUGUGUCAACAAUUGCAGGUUUUUCAUUGCUUAAAAGCAACACAUAUAGCAAAAGUGUAUUAUUAGCCUUAGAUUAUGUGGCACACAAGUUGUGGUGGAUUAGUUGCUACUACAGACACAAUACUACACUUCUGAUAUAAAACUAUUAUUUAUUUUCGAACUGAAACUACUGUCAGAAACUGUUCCUGUAUAGAAAAUGAAUCCAAACGUACCUGCUGCAUUAUUUAGAAGGUGAAUAAACAUCACGAUACUCCAUCUUAGACAAGAAACGGUAACAAAAAAAAUAAAUCAAACUUUCAGACUGCCUCAAUGCUCGAUCCCCUCGAGCAUUUCCCUGAGUUUCAGAAGUAUGUUCAGAAGUAUAUUCUGAAGGAAGCAUAAACCAGCCUUAACUCCUAUUAGAUGUGUGCUUGCCAUAUUUCUACCACUACCACUACUAUAAUCUUUCUCUUUUUUUGCUUACGAUUUUUCUAGAGAACUCUAAGGAUUUUUGCUUUUACAUUUACUCCUUUGGCAGGUGAUUUUACCCAAAGUGACUUUUUUCCAGUAGAGCUGGAGAAAUGGGGUUGAAGUUGACGCUUGGAUUUGAAGCGUUUCGGGUUUCUGAACCUUCCAGUCCUGGGAUUUGCACUCACUAGCUUCUGGACUCUUGAGUAGAACCUUAAGCACUGAGCUCCCACAGUGUGAUAGACACAACUGAAUCUGAUCUCUAGUAGAGUAUGAAAGCAUGGCUAAUGUUUUUGCUAAAUGUUCUCGUAGACUUUAGCGACAGUUUUUUGGCGUGGAAACAAUAUCGGAAAGAUUUCAUUGCGAUUCCGUUAAAGCCCGUCCCACAUUCUGAUUAACCACUUGAAAAAGGGGAGUACUCGAUGUGUUAGCAAUUUGCUUAUCUAAGUGGUUAAAUAUCUUCUAUUUUGGUUUGAUGAGUUUGAACGGACAGAGGGUGUCAAAUUUGUGCAAACACUACUAAUCUUCAAGGGUGAAUACACCUCUUUAAGAUUUUUUUUUUUCCCCCCCGGAAGAACCGCACUUUAGCACUUAGUUCUGGAGUACCAAAAACCUUUUGACGUAAGAUGCAUCAUUUUUAUUAUUUUGUUCAGUCGGAUCAAUCGGAUGAAAAGAUGAGAUACUCAAGCCUUGUUUUAUAUUGUUAUAUAGUAAAGUCUGUGAAGUGAAGUCUCUGACUUUAAACAUCCUCAUUAUCCUUCCAUAACAUUUACGUGACCUUUAGUACUCUUCGCCAAGACGGUCCGCUCUCUAUUUUGGUUUAAGAAUUCAGCUCUGAAAUAGGAAAUUCCCUGCUAAUUCUCUCAGGAGUUGGCACACUGACAUGGCACUAAGAGGCUUAUGUACAUGGCAAAGCUUCAUUACACACCCCCACACACACACACACAUACACUCACACACUUUAUUAUCACGCUGCAAAAGCAAAUCAGCCAACCACUCGCAACUCAAUUAUCCACUUAGACGAAUACGAAAGCCAUUUCACAGAUGUCUUUACAGCGGAACUGCUUUUGCUCGCAGCACUUUUCGCUUUAUUAUUUUCAUUUCUUUCCCAUUACGUUUUUGUAAAGAUGAAUAUAUUUUUAGAUAGCAAUUGUAAACCUCCCUAACUUUAUCUAAUAAAAGCCUGUAUAGUACAAAAAAAAGUUAGAAAUACAAAAUGAUAUAUAUUAAUAAGAAUCCAGGGUGAUGGGUGUGGACAUUUGAAUAAAUGUGCACUGUUAUUAUGCAAGUGAGGGGAUUUUGACCCUUUUAGCUGCUGAAGGACGUGCAAUCGCUUCCUGGUGGAUACGCGGUGAUGUGUGAGACUAGAAGACGUGAUUUGGUUUCGUGAGACUUUUUGUACAAGUGUGCAUGUUUUCUUUAUUAUAGUGGAGACGCAACAGCGAAAUAAAUGACAGUAGUGAACUACGUCCAUGACUUUAGAAGAUGAAAUGCAUCUGGACAUUUUCCACUGUUCAUUUACAUUCUCUUUUUGAUAAGGACGUGAUAUGGAAACUGUUACGGCUAAUUAUGUGAUAAUUCCCAAAACACAUCCAUUUGCACUUUUUUGAUAUGCUUAUUUGCUUUCUUUUACCCCAUUUUUCUUUUCUAGUACAAGCUGCUUGUAUACAUUUUUAAAGCAAAUUUAUUAAUCCAAGCAGCCAUCAUGAACAAUUAGUCACACAAGCCACUGCUUAUUAGAUUUAAAUCAUUAAAAAAAUUUAGUAGAUAUUAUAAAUAAGACAGAGAAAAAGCACACAGCUAAACAGUUAAUGUGGUAUUUUUUUUUUUUUUUUGCUUAAGGACCUCAAAACUGAAUAAAAGAUAUGUAUGUAUUUGUAUAUCGUCUGGACCCUGAAAUCAGACUGGAAUUCAAACACAGUAUUGAAAACAGAAAAAAUAAAUCAGCAGAUUAAAAUGAAAAAAAAAAAAAUUUAAAAGAAUAAAAGCUUUUAUAAAAUUUCAAAUUAAAUAUAGCUACUGUAUAUAUUAUGCAAAAAUAUUUCUUUGCAGUAUAGAGAACACUAGAGCUUGAGGCCAAGGCAACUAAACACUGAUAUUAAUGUUAAAUAUCAAAUUAUUAAAUUUAUAAAAAUGAAUUGUUAAUUUAACGAAUUUAAUAAAUUCAUUAAAAGCAUUAAAAAAAUCUGUCUAAAAGGAACAAUUGGGCUCACGCUUUCUUUCUUUCUUUCUUUCCAGCGUUAUUCUUCACGCCUUUAGUUUUUGAAGCGUCUUUUUCGAGUCAUUUGCCGGUUACUCCAAGUCAGGUGUCAGAUCUCAGUUUGAUCUGUAUGUCACAGAGUGGACAGGCACAUGAAUAAAGUGUAGUUGCAUGUCUCCUUCUCUAGAGGACCUAUUUUGGAUUCGGAAAGAACUUGUUUUUUUUUUUUUUAAAUCGCGACUUGCGACUAGCAGGCGUAUAUACUACAGAAUGCACAUGAUAUACAGUAUACAAUCUAUUUAACCCUUGUUAUACUUGAAGGAUGUCAGAAGAAAAACGUUCCUGUUUUUAUGUGUUUAUUUUGUGUUUGUAAAGUGAGGAUCGGAAAAGGGGAGAAUUUUAAAAUAGCUAACUUCCGACAACCAAUGAAACAUGGCCACUGAAGCUCUGAUAGCUUAGAUAUUAGCAUAAUUCUCAGCAACAUGAUAUCUAUAUUUGUCAGUCAAGUAAGUAUUAUAAUUCAUCUCAUUUAUCACUUUUAAAUCUACAAAAGUUCAGUCCUGGUCCAGAACAGUUAAGGAUUAAGGGGUCUACCAAUUUCCCAAUAUAUAUUUUUUACCUAAUAUUUCUCUAAACGUUCCAGUAAUGAGAUGUAUCAUGAUUAGCCCAAACUGUGCAUCCCAACAAAACAUUAGUAUAUCUGCACAAAUACAAAGAGAUUGUAGCUCUAAGUGUGCAUGUGUACACAUGUUGCAUUAUUUUUGUCUCCAUCUGCUGCAUUAAUCACUGUACAUUUUCUUUACUCUUCUCGUAGAACGAAGCUAAAAUAUGACAUAAUAAAUCAAACCGAUGUACAGAUGUUUAAUUUCCCCUAGGCUUUCUCGUAGUUUGUGGGUCAGGACUACAAUUCUUUCCCUUUCCACUUCAAUUACAUUUUCUUUAUCCAAUGAAAUUUCCAAACUAUGAGCAACCCAAAAUAUCUAUUAUCCAUCACCAUUGAAAGGAGUCACCUGAAAUCAGUUACACAACACAUGGAUCACUAUUAACACUUCAGAGCCACUUGAUACGUAUUUUAAGAAGCAAGGAAGACGGCUGCUGUUUUUAUAUUUGUAAAAAGAAAAUGGCAAUAUCUUGAAAAUAGGAGGCAUUAUGUCCCCCCGAAAAAGGGAAAAACAAAAAGAAGGACUUUUCAGUUGUACAUAAAACUGUAGAAAGCUCAGUACUUACACUUUUAAAAGCAUUUCAGUUCAUACGUACCGGCAUCUGUCUUUAUGUAUAAAAUCCUUCUGUAUUUAUACGGUUAAGAAGAGCAAAUCAUGUACAGACUGGGAUUAAUUGUCUGCCUUGUACUUUCUGAUGUAAAUGUGUUUUUAAAACUAAAACGCAAAUGGGGAUUCAGUGACUCUUUCGAUGGCCUAAUCAGUUAUUUUGUGUAUUUUGCAUUGAAAGCUGGAAAACCUGUUAUGUUUUAUGAGUACAAGUAUUCUCUGUUUUUUUUUUUUUUUUUCUUUAUUUCUUUUUUUUUUGUAUAUAUUGUGCUGGCAUGAACAAAAUGUGAUGUGAACUUUAGAUGUAAAUACAUGGUUUGUUUUUUUUUUCUCACUCACUAACUACUGUGAUGUGGAAUUCAUUAUUAAUGCCUAACAUUAAAGGUGAUGUUUUAUCCACUCA